AUGACUGAUUACCACCAUUUCGCAGACCAAAUUACGCUUGAAAUGUCAAACUUUGUCUUCUUCUUGUCUUGCGUUGUCUGCUUCGUGAUGCAAGCCAUUAACUUGUUCUUGCGGGAAAAAGUACUUGCUUUUUUAAUUCGCGGUCUUCCUUCCGUUGCAAUCCACAAGAAAGGCAACAAUAUCCAGAAAAAAAGCGACAACAAUAACAACAACAAGGACAAUAAUAAAGACAACAGCAACAACAAUAACAACAAUACCAACAACAAAAAGAUCAACAUCAACAACCAAAAAAGCAAUGAUCACGUUGGCUGGGCUCCUCUUUGUCCUGUCCCCGCCAGUGCUCCUUCUGUGGUAGAGCAAACUGGAAAUUGGGUUUUCUCCCUUCUUCCAGCCCCUGUCCCCCUCUCUCCAUUCCGUAUGAGCACCGUUUGUUUGUCUUUGGACCGCGCUUGUUCUUUGGGUGCUCCGUGCACUGCUCUGGGGUAUUCGCUCGUCGCCUCACCCCAACAAGAAAGAGGUAGGAGUACGGUUGGUUCGUUCCUUUGGACCUCUUGUGUUGUAACCCUGGCACCGGAAUUAAAAACAGGUAGUGUUGCUGUUGACCGCUGGGCUUUGGUGUGUCAAACCAUCACCAAGGCUUGGUUGUACAAGAAUUCUUUGUCUGUCGGUUGUUCGGUUCUGGUAGAAGUCAGAGCAGCUGAAAAUAUCUGGGUUGCUCCCGUCGCUGCUCCCGUCGUUGCUCCCGUUGCCCCUGUUGCGUUUGUUGCUCCCGGUGCUUACGUCGCUCCCGUUGCGCCUUUUUCUCCCGUCGCUCCCCCUUUGCCUUUUUCUUUUGUUGCUCCUCUUGCACAUUUUUCUCCUGCUGCUCCCGUUGUGCCUGUCUGUCCUGUUGGUCCCGAUGUGUCUGUUUCUCCCGUUGCUUUUGUUGCUCCUGUUUCGCCUCCUUCCACAGAAAGUUUGCCUUCGUCUUUUUCUUGUCCGUCUUUGGGAACAGACGAUAUGGAAAUUGAUUCUGUUGUGGCUGGUGUUGGGUCUUUUUGGUCUUUGACCUUUUCGUCGUCUUCUUUCUUGUUUCCUCUCUUGGAACAAGACUAUGAGGUUUCGCCUUCUGUUGUUGUUGCUCAGGCACUUGCGCCUUUUGCUGCUGGUGACUCUUUGUUGUCCCGUUCUGUUCCUUUGUCUCCUUGUGCAACGGAGCUUGCUUUGACAGGUGAAAUUGAUCUUGAGGAGGUCAACCAUGUCUCUGCUGUAGGUAGUGCGGUUGCUCCUGUUGCUCCUUUUGUGCCUGUUUCUGACGUUGCUUUCGUUGUUCCUGUUUCGCCUUCGUCUCUCUCUUGUUCUUCUUUGGGAGGUGACAAUAUGGAAAUUGAUCCUGUUGUGUCUGGAGUUGGCUCUUUCUGGUCUUUGACCUUUUCGUCGUGUUCUUUCUUGUUUCCUCUCUUGGAACAAGACAAUGACGUUUCUCCUUCCGCUGCUGUUGCUCGGGCCCUUGCGCCAUUUGCUGCUGGUGGCGCUUUGUUGUCUGGUUCCUUGUCUUUGUCUCCGCCUCCUGUCGAGCCUUCUUUGGCAGAUGAUAUGGAUUUUGACGAGGUUGAACCUGUCUCUGCUUUGGGUUGUUCGCGUGAUCCUGUUGCUGCUCGAGAUGGUUUGUGUGGCUUCUGGUCUGACUCCUCUUUUUUUUGGGCGGCGGACGAGCCACAUUACGCCGAGUUUGAUUCUGUCGUGCCUGUCGGGGCAGACUUUGGAUUUUCUGGUUGUUCUGGAGGUAGUUCUGGCUUGUUGGUUUCUCUGGGGGCUUCCCAAAACCUCGGGAAAAGGAAGUUGUCUGAGGUGGGUUUCGGUUCUUCGGACCUUGAAACCGAUGAUAAGAGAAGGAAGACGUCUGGUGCUGCUGUGUUGAGAGGUUCUUCUUCUUUGGGAUUUCAAAUGGCGGGAGCCAGAAGAAAAUCUGCCCGUCGUUCUUCUGGUAUGGGUAAUGAUCCCGAUUCCGAACCCCAAGGUGAACCGAAAGCUGGUCCUUCUUCUCUCGCGAGCCUCUCCCGCAUGACUCGUCAACCUAGUGUUGCACGAGUCAACCGGGUACGGGAUCGUCGAGAGUUGAAGGACUUUUUCGACACCUUGGAGGAGGAAGAGGAAGAACUCUUGAUCCAGGAGAACGAGGGUAAAAAGCCCUUAUCCGUUCGUGAGCGUCUGCUCAAAAAAUAA